AUGGAGAGUCUGGGAGGCCUGGGGGACAGUGAGGCGGUGGAUCAGACCCAUCUGCCAGCUCCUCCCUCUGACCCCACCCUUCCUAUCCUGGAGCGCUCCUGUGGGGCCCGGGCUGUGGGGCUGGCAGUGGGCUGGGGUGGAGGGUCCCAGGCUGCUGUCAUCCUCCUGGGUCUGGGUGUGGGCGGCCUAGGACAGCCGUCCCCUGCCGUCCCUGCCCCUGGGAGCUGGCUGGCUGGGAGGCAGCCAUCCCCAGCAGCGCCACUGCCCCUGCCGCCCGCAGCCAGGGCAGGGAGCUCUAACGUGCCCCACAAGACCUCGCUGCCCGAGGGCAUCCGAGUCGGCACUGUGAUGAGGAUUCGGGGUGUGGUCCCGAACAAGGCUGGCAGGUUCUACGUGAACCUGCUGUGCGGCGAGGCCCCGGGGAGCGAGGCUGCGCUGCAUUUCAAUCCCCGCCUGGAUGAGUCCACCGUGGUCUUCAACACCCUGGAGCAGGGCGCCUGGGGCCGCGAGGAGCGAGGCACGGGCAUCCCCUUCCAGCGCGGGCAGCCCUUCGACGUGCUCCUCAUCGCCACGGACGAAGGCUUCAAGGCGGUGGUCGGCGACUCCGAGUACCACCACUUCCGCUACCGGAUCCCGCCGGCGCGCGUGCGCCUCCUGGAGGUGGGCGGGGACCUGCAGCUCGAGUCCGUGAGCGUCUUCUGAGCCCGCGGCCGGCGCCGGGCGCCCCGCAGCGCAAAUAAAGCCUCCGCGCGUGUGC